GUGACAGUUUUGGUUGGGUGAUAGAACGACGUGAAUUUUAAUACUUAUCACAAGAGUCAUGUUUUUAUGUAAAUCAAGCAAUUCGACAGUGAAACAUUAAUAUAAACAGGACCAUCUAUUGCCCGUUAAUUAAAUUUAUUUGAUACACAACGACAUGGCCGCUAAGAAUGUCAUGGUUUCCAUGGAGUAGACUAUUUGGUAUUCAGUUUGUGUUCCAAGUAACAAAGUGUGCAAGUAUUUAGGAUAUCGGAGCAAUAUCAAUGAGCAGUAUGUUUUCUAAGAAAAAGAAGAAGCCUCUUAUUUCACCGCCCAGUAAUUUUGAACACAGAGUCCAUACUGGCUUUGAUAGACGAGAGGGCAAAUUUGUUGGUCUACCACUGCAGUGGGCAUCUCUUGUUGGAAACAAUCAGAUACUGAAAUCAACAAACAGACCACUGCCAAUGGUAGAUCCCUCAGAAAUUACCCCCACGGAAAUCCUAGAUUUAAAAACCGUAGUAAGAGGCGACCAUCGGACUGCCUCCGUAUCCUCUCUAAUUUCCACUCCUUCGCAAGUGCUCCCUAACCUUCCAGUACAACCUGUUCAAAAUGGUGUCAUAUUGCCAAAAACAUCAAAUGUUGCAAGAUCAAAUUCACUGAGAAGUAGUAGUCCUCCUAGAAUAAGAAGAGAUUUCCGGAACCAGCCUAAUGUCCCACCAGCAGUUCCUGAAGAGUCCCCACCUGUACCACCAGCCCCGACACAGUAUCCCAGUUUACGAAGAGAACACAGCAAUUACACUUUAAAUAAGCCAAUAGCCGAGUCACCUACAGAGUGGGCUCAGCAUACACAUGAGGCCACAGUCAGGCCUGUGUCGGAGCUUAAUGACAACCACCAUGCUACCAUGACCUACCAGAAUGUACAGAACGCCAAUGUGCCUUAUCAACACAACCACCCACCAAAACAGAUGUCUCAUGGCAGCAUGCACAGAGGGCUCAAUGGAAAUAAUGGCAACAUGGGUGAACCAUACGGCGCGCGGGCCGCGCACGCACCGGGCGCGGCCGGCGCGGCGCACCUGCCGCUCGCAGCCUCCAAACACGAGCUGAGGUUGACGCAUGAACAGUUCCGCGCAGCGCUCCGCCUUGUCGUCAGCGAGGGGGACCCACGUUCCACACUCUCUGGCUUCAGUAAAAUCGGCGAGGGCUCCACGGGCGUGGUGUGCGCCGCCACAGACUCCCGUACGCGCCGCCGCGUCGCCGUCAAAAUGAUGAAUCUGAGGAAACAACAGCGGAGGGAGCUGCUGUUCAAUGAAGUGGUGAUAAUGCGCGACUACCCUCACCCGCACAUUGUGGAGAUGCACGCUUCCUAUUUAGUCGGCGACGAACUCUGGGUGGUCAUGGAAUAUAUGGCGGGCGGGGCUCUCACCGACGUCGUCACUAGAGCCAGAAUGGACCCGGAACAAAUUGCCACAGUCACGAAACAGUGUCUCAAGGCUCUAGCAUUCCUCCACGGGCAAGGCGUUAUACAUCGAGAUAUCAAGUCGGACUCAAUACUCCUCACAGCAGACGGCAGGGUCAAACUAUCCGACUUUGGUUUCUGUGCUCAAGUAUCGCAGGAGCUUCCAAAACGUAAAUCUCUAGUCGGCACGCCGUAUUGGAUGUCACCCGAAGUAAUAUCGCGGUUGCCGUACGGGCCCGAGGUUGACGUGUGGUCGCUUGGCAUCAUGAUGGUGGAAAUGGUUGACGGGGAACCGCUUUUCAACGAACCUCCUUUGCAGGCGAUGCGGCGCAUCCGCGACAUGCCGCCGCCGCGGCCGCGCGGCGCGGGCCGCUGCCCCGCGGACCUGCUCGGCUUCAUCGAGAGCGCGCUCGUGCGGGACCCCGCCGCCCGCCUGCCCGCCGCGCGCCUGCUGCACCACCCCUUCCUGCGCCGCGCCGGCCCGCCCGCGCUGCUCGUGCCGCUCAUGCCGCCCGCCGGUCAGUACACGCACACGCACACACACUACACACACACAGCGCGCUCCUGCACCACCCCUUCCUGCGCCGCGCCGGCCCGCCCGCACUGCUCGUGCCGCUCAGAUCGAAUGAUACACCGCUGCUACAUAAAAUAG